AUGGGGACUCAAAAGAAGGAAAAACAAAGGAGAAUCAGACAGAAUGAUACCAAGGACGGUAAUCUUCGUGUCAAAGGUGAGAACUUUUACCGCGAUGCCAAAAAGGUCAAGAAACUUAGUAUGUACAAGCAAGGAAGAGCAGUUCGUAAUGCCAAGGGAGACAUUAUCAAAGCAGCCGAUCUUCAGAGCACCGAUGUUCCUACCGCAAGGGUUGACCCCAAUAGGAAAUGGUUUGGGAAUACUAGGGUUAUAGCGCAGGAUGCAUUAUCGCAUUUUAGAGAGGCUAUGGGGGAUAAGAAAGACGAUUCAUAUCAGGUGCUCUUGAAGAGAAAUAAGCUUCCCAUGUCUUUACUUGAUCAAGACAAAACGGAGAGCCCUACUGCCAAGAUUGUUGAGACUGAGUCAUUUGCAUCUACAUUUGGGCCAAAGCAGCAACGUAAAAAGCCAAGAAUUGCAGCAUCGUCGUUGGAAGAUUUAAUGACCGCGGCAGAGAAUGAUUCAACUACUUAUGAGGAGAAGAUUGAACUUGAUCAGACCAUGGGAUUAAUGGGAGACUCGAUUUUGGAUAAAGAUGACUUUACCCAGGAGGCAAAGGAAGCCAUCUUUCACAAAGGACAGAGUAAAAGAAUCUGGAAUGAGUUGUAUAAAGUUAUUGACUCAAGUGAUGUCAUUUUGCAAGUUUUAGAUGCUAGGAACCCCUUGGGCACCAGAUGUGAAAGAAUUGAGAAAUAUAUCAAACAAGAAUGUCCGCAUAAACAUCUUGUAUUUGUGGUUAACAAGACGGAUUUGGUACCCACAUGGGUUGCAGCCGCCUGGAUGAAGCACUUGUCUAGUUCAUACCCAACGAUUGCAUUUCAUGCAUCGAUAAAAAACAGUUUUGGGAAGGGAUCAUUGAUCUCGCUACUUCGGCAAUUUGCAACCUUGCAUAAGGACAGAAAAUCAAUCAAUGUUGGUGUCAUUGGGUUCCCAAAUACUGGAAAGAGUUCUAUAAUCAACACCAUUGUCGGGAAAAAGGCAUGCAUUGUAGCUCCAAUCCCGGGUGCAACGAAAGUAUGGCAAUAUGUCAAGGUCACUUCAUCGAUAAAUAUCAUUGAUUCUCCAGGAGUCGUACCGUCAGAAUCAGGUGACUCCGAUGCCGAUCUUUUGCUACGUGGUGUAGUUAGAGUUGAAAAAGUCAAGGCCCCAGAACAGUACUUGUCAGAGGUUUUAAAGAUUGUUCCUAAAAAGUACAUUGCCAGAACCUAUGGACUCAAGGAAUCAGAAUGUGGAGAAAACUUGUUGGAAACACUUGCAGUGAAAAGUGGUCGUUUAUUGAAAGGUGGUGAGGCAGAUGAAAGUUCUGUGGCCAGAAAGAUUAUCGAAGAUUUUAUUCGUGGUAAACUUCCUUGGUUUUUAGAACCGCCACAGGAUGAAGAAGUUCGUACUGGUGAGGAUAAGAAAGCCGGGUAUAAAAAGAGGAAAGCUGAGGAUUGA